GAAAGGUCUCCGCGUUUUACAAAGUACUACAAUUUAUUCUUAUCCACGACUGCAGGAUCGAUCGGAUUGACUCAUCGCUUGAAAAGCACCUCCCCUGGAAUCCAAGAUAUUUUAACCUUGGUGGGUGGCGUUAAGUUAUGUACCAGACGAUGGAGUUGUGAAAAUGUGUUGACAAGAGAAAAAAAAAAAAAUAGCAAACCAAGUUUCAUCGUCGCUCGCUUCGAUCUGUCUUUCUCUCAUCGAUUUGAUAUAGACGAGGGUGGGCCAUCUCUAUCUUGGCAUCGCGUCUCGUCUAGUAGAGACUGGACGCAAUUGGCAAUCAGCCUUUGCCCAUCGCUGCCGAGUAUAAUUGAGAUACUGGUUGAACUGCGUGAGAUAUUUCACUGCAUUGUCGCUAAAUCAUGGAGGCACACGAGGAACUGAUCAAUUGGGCUGAAGCUCAAGGCAUUGUCCUUUCGGGAGUUCGACCAGACAGGAUCCCCGGGCGUGGAAUCGGUAUAAUUGCUAGUAGGAAAGUAAAGGCAGAUGAGACCGUGCUGCGUGUGCCCACAACAGCCCUAAGGACAAAAUUCACUGUCCCAAAUGAGAUAUGCAAGGCCCUUCCCAAGAACAUGACGGUCCACGGCCUCCUGGCAGCUGACCUGGCCCUCGAGGACUCGGGUAAGUAUGACGAGUGGAACGCCGUGCUCCCUACCCCGGAGGACGUUCGGACCAUGCCCUUCACCUGGCCGCCGGCGCUGCAGGCGCUCCUCCCCACGCGCGCGACCGAGCUGCUCGCCAAGCAGGAGGAGAAAUUCGCCAAGGACUGGGAGGCCGUGACGUCGUCGCCGCUCUCGAGAAAGCCGACCAGGGACUCGUACCGGUACGCUUGGCUGCUCGCCAAUACGCGUACCUUUUACUUUGUCUGUCCGCGCACGGAGCGGCUCGGCAAGGAGGACAGGAUGGUGUUGCAGCCUGUGGCGGACCUAUUCAACCACGCCGACGCGGGUUGCGCUGUUGCCUUCAAUGACGAGGACUUCACCAUCAGGGCCGACAGGGACUACGAUGCCGGCGAGGAGGUUCUGAUCUGCUACGGCAACCACAGCAACGAUUUCUUGCUCGCCGAGUACGGCUUCGUGCUCGCCGCUAACCGGUGGGACGAGGUGUGCAUCGACGACGCAAUCCUUCCGCUCCUCACAAAGGCCCAGAGGGAGCUGCUCAAGGAGCGCAACUUUCUGGGAAACUACAUGCUCGACGCCGCCACCGUCUGUUACCGCACAGAGGUGGCGCUGAGGCUGGUCUGCAGCCCCAACGAGGAGUCGUGGCACGCCUUUGUCGACGGCUUCGAGGACGCCUCGGUCAGGGGCAAGGGAGCCGCUGAGAGGAUGCAGAGCAGGGUGGACCGGCUGCUGCUCAAGGCCCUAACGAGGUACCGAGACGAGAUCAUCGAGGAGCGCUGUGAAGCUUUGGAGGAAGAUAAUCACGAUUAUGGGGAUGGAUUGGAGGAGCAGACGGAGCUGUUGUUGAGGAGAUGGAUGCAGAUAUCAAGUCUUGUGAAUAAAGAAAUCAAGCGGCUAGGGGCGAAGCUGGCUUAGGUAGCAGCGUAGGUUCAGAAUGAUAUGAUACCCCAUGAGGAACGGGUCCGAUACAUUUCUAGAAGUGGCCUCAUGUCUGUUGAAGGAUGUGAGAAGUGUUGGGUAGCAGAUAAAAUUAUCACCGG